ACCAUCCAUCUUCUGUCUGACACGUGGCAUGAUCUGGUUUGAUACAUACCACCAACUUCGACUAUAUAAACCCCCUCGCUCUUCUUUAUCCUCUAUGUUCCAACUUUUUAACGUGAAAUAAAGCGGUUUCUGCUGAGCGUUUCUCGUUGGUUUUCUUUCUCCUCCAAAUCUCUCAUUGAAGCUCGCACUUCCAUAUCUGGUGUGCACUUCUUCUGAGUUGAUCGGUUGAGAAUCGUAAGCAGAGGUUUUGAUCGUAAUCUGGGAGCUCAGUUCGAGAAUUACAGGAAAAUCAGCUGUUUUCAAGUUUAUCGUAGGACAGUAUUAACGUUCGUAAAGAUGACAAUUACACCCAAGAUCUCCAUUGAUGGUGGCAACCUUGUGGUCCAUGGGAAAACUAUACUUAAAGGUGUGCCAGAGAACAUCGUGCUGACUCCAGGAGCAGGUUCAGGACUCAUAACCGGUGCAUUCAUUGGUGCAACAUCUUCAAAUAGCAAAAGUCUCCAUGUUUUCCCUGUGGGAGUGUUAGAGGAUCUUCGAUUUAUGUGUUGCUUCCGUUUCAAGUUAUGGUGGAUGACUCAGAGAAUGGGAACGUGUGGAAAGGAUAUUCCUUUAGAGACUCAAUUUAUGCUUGUCGAGAGUAAAGACAACAAUGAAAACCAGAAUGAUAAUAGUCCCACAAUAUAUACCGUAUUCCUUCCUCUUCUGGAAGGUCAGUUCAGGGCUGUCCUCCAGGGAAAUGACAAGAAUGAACUAGAGAUUUGCCUCGAGAGUGGGGAUCAUGCAGUUGAAACCAACCAAGGGCUCCACCUUGUCUACAUGCAUGCUGGGACAAAUCCCUUUGAGGUCAUCACGCAGGCUGUCAAGGCUGUUGAGAAUCACAUGCAAACAUUUCAUCACCGUGAGAAGAAAAAGGUACCAAAAUUACUCAACUUGUUCGGAUGGUGCACAUGGGAUGCUUUCUACACCGAUGUCACCGCAGAAGGUGUUGAAGAAGGACUCAAAAGCUUAGCAAAGGGAGGGACUCCACCACGCUUCCUCAUCAUAGACGAUGGUUGGCAACAAAUUGGAAACGAGAACAAGGACUCCAACAUUGUAGUUCAAGAAGGAGCACAGUUUGCAAACAGACUAACAGGAAUAAAAGAGAACGAGAAAUUCCAAAAGAAGAAAGAUAACCAUCCCCCGGGUUUGAAACAUGUUGUAGAUGAAGCCAAGGAACAUCACAAUGUCAAGUAUGUAUAUGUUUGGCAUGCUCUAGCAGGCUACUGGGGUGGUGUCAACCCAACCGUUGCUGGUAUGGAACAUUAUGACCCUGCCCUCGCAUACCCCAUUCAAUCUCCAGGUGUACAAGGAAACCAGCCAGAUAUCGUCAUGGACAGCCUUUCGGUUCAUGGCCUGGGUCUGGUUCACCCUAGAAAGGUUUUCAACUUCUACAAUGAGCUCCACGCAUAUCUUGCAUCAUGUGGAGUUGAUGGAGUCAAAGUCGAUGUUCAAAAUAUAAUAGAAACCCUUGGGGCUGGCCAUGGCGGUCGAGUCUCUCUUACCAGAAGCUACGUGCAGGCUCUUGAAGCUUCAAUUGCGAAGAAUUUCAAAGAUAAUGGAUGUAUUGCUUGUAUGUGUCAUAAUACCGAUGGGCUUUACAGCGCCAAACAAACCGCAAUCAUCAGAGCCUCAGAUGAUUUCUACCCUCAUGACCCUGCUUCUCACACCAUUCACAUUUCUUCUGUGGCCUAUAACACAUUAUUUCUUGGGGAAUUUAUGCAACCUGAUUGGGACAUGUUCCAUAGUCUUCAUCCAGCUGCUGACUAUCAUGCUGCAGCUCGAUCAAUUGGUGGAUGUCCUAUCUAUGUUAGCGACAAGCCUGGGAACCACAACUUCAACCUAUUAAAGAAGUUGGUUCUCCCUGAUGGAUCAGUCCUUCGUGCCCAAUUGCCUGGAAGACCCACACUCGAUUGCCUCUUUGCCGAUCCAGCUAGAGACGGAGUCAGCCUGCUUAAAAUUUGGAAUGUGAAUAAGUGCAACGGCGUGGUGGGUGUAUUCAACUGCCAGGGUGCUGGUUGGUGCAAAAUCGAAAAGAAAACCCGCAUCCAUGAUUCAUCUCCUGGUAUUCUUACUGCUUCUGUACAAUCCACCGAUGUGGAUGCAUUAACUCAAGUAGCUGGUCCGGACUGGCAUGGGGAAACAGUUGUCUAUUGUCAAAGAUCAGGGGAGGUAAUUCGGUUACCAAAAGGCGUGUCGUUGCCUGUAACACUCAAGGUCCUCGAAUAUGAACUAUUUCAUUUCUGUCCUCUGAAGGAGAUAGCAGAAAACAUCGUUGUUGCACCCAUAGGUUUGCUCGACAUGUUCAAUAGCGGUGGUGCAGUGGAGCAAUUCCAAGUCCAUUUACCUUCAAACGCUCAACACUAUAUUGACCACUCCACUUUUACAACUGAAAACCGACCAGUGACUGCCACAGUUGCAUUAAAAGUCAGAGGAUGUGGUCGAUUUGGAUUCUAUUCAUCUCAAUGCCCUCUCAAAUGCACCAUGGAUGGCAUCGACACCGACUUCAUCUAUGAUUCUGCAAGGGGAUUAGCAACAUUUAUGAUUCCAGUGCCUCAAGAGGAGAUGUACAAGUGGUGCAUCGAGAUCGUAGUUUAAUUUACAAGAAAUAACGAGUUGGAUAUCAUUCUUCGUAAUCGGAGUUAUUAGUAAAACAUCAAUGAUUGUUAUUGGCUGGUUAUCAAUUACAUAUAAUCAUUGGUCAAAUGGGUAAACUAUUUUGAAUCUAUUUAUAAUCGCAAUUAGGCAUGAAACAUGUGUUGUCGAAUCUAAAGAAAUUUCUCAAGAACAAAAGAACAUCAAUCACUUCUA